AUGAAAAUUCCAAGUGCACGACUACAGAAAAGACUUGUUGGACUCUGUAUUAUUUGUGAAGCAAAAGAGUUUGAAGAUAAGUUUCAAAGGUUUACUAAAGACACUUACCGGAAAGUUCUACAGCAUGAAAUCUUGAAUUCUACAUGGAUAUUAAAUGUUAUUCAGUUCUGUAACAGUCAUUACAUGAGUUAUAUUGUGAAUGAUAUUAAUACUGAGAAAAAAGGUAAAGUGAUAGGAGACCAAAUUGAUUGUGAUGACAGUCAACAAGAGCUGAAAAUGAAGUCAUCAGAGAUGAAUGAUGAUGGAAGAAUCAAUGAGAUUAAUUUUAUUGAAUGUAUCUCUGAUCAAGCAAUCGAUACUUUAUCUAACAUGCAGUUGAGUUCUACGUCAAGGAAGAAUCGACGUGGAAAAAAUAUCAUAUCUUCUAUUUAUAGAGAUAAUGUCGCAAGAGAGCUGGUAAAGUAUCAGAAAAAUGUGGUAAUCACUAAUAUCGAUGAUUAUCACAACAUUCAUGAUUUACGCAUUCCAACAACUACGUCAACCAGUAUGAUUGCUUACAUGAUUACAGUUCUUGCUAUCCUGAUAUCUACAGCAAAAAAUCAGUUUAUGGCUCUUCUAUCUCAAUCAUUUAAUGAUCAGUUUGCAAGAAAACCUGCUUACGCUGAAAAUUUACUUGAUAAUCUAAUGCUUAAUUUACAUUUGACGGAGAUAUACAUUAAAGCUAUGGAGACAUUUGCAUCCUUUCCAGAAUUUCACGAGUAUCUCCAGCACAAUGUUAUUCCAUUGGUUACUGAUUGA